AAAACUGCAUCAAUUUGUGUACCAUCGCAAAAGAAUCAAAAGAUAUAUCAAGACACCAGAGAGCAAAAAAGAAAAAGAGAGAUCCGAAAUGUCAGGAAUCAUGCACAAGAUCGGGGAGACUCUCCACAUGGGAGACCACAAGAAAGAGGAAGAGAAGCAUAAGGGAGAAGGUCAACAUGGACAUGGUGGAGAGUACAAGGAAGGUCACCAUGGUGGUGAGCACAAGGAAGGUUACUAUGGUGGAGAGCACAAGGAAGGUUACUAUGGUGGAGAGCACAAGGAAGGCCAGCACAAGGAAGGGAUGAUGGAUAAGAUCAAGGACAAGAUCCACGGCGGUAGUGCUGAGCAUGGCCACGACGGGGAGGAGAAGAAGAAGAAGAAGAAGGAGAAGAAGAAGCACGAGGAUGGCCAUGAGAGCAGCAGUAGCAGUGACAGCGAUUGAUCAGUUCAACCAUCGUCUCCCCGAUAUAUACCUCUACUAGUCUAUAUUGGGUGUAUGGGAUUGAUGUGAAGGCUUGUCUAAUUAUGUCUUUUUCUUAUAUAUUUUAGCUUCAGCUGGGAAAAAAAAAAGAGAGAGAGGAUGUUUGCUGUUUGGUAUUACAUAUGGUGUGGAAUGUAUUUAGGCAGGGUGUGAAUGGAAAUAUGAUAUGAGAAUAAUAUGUUUCCUGUUUGAUAAUGCUA